AUGGAUGGGACCUACAAGCUAAAGCUACAGUAUGGAGGCAUAUUUUUCUCUGUACUUGGAUGUGUUUUAUCCUGGGUUACCACUUUUGUUCCUCUCUGGAAACAACUUAACUUAGACUUGAAUGAAAUGGAAAACUGGACCAUGGGGCUUUGGCAAACAUGUGUUGUUCAAGAAGAAGGAGGCAUGCAAUGUAAGGAUUUUGACUCCUUUUUGGCAUUACCAGUUGAACUAAGGAUUUCAAGAAUACUGAUGUUUGCAUCUGGUGGACUGGGGGCCACUGGUCUUCUAAUAUCAAGCUUUGGUUUGGACUGUCUGAAGUGUGGAAGAGAGGACACGAAGAAAAGGCUGUUACUUCUUGGGGGAAUAUUAUUUUGGAUCUCAGGAACCUCUGUACUAGUGCCAGUAUCAUGGGUGGCAUAUGCAACAGUACAGGAAUUUUGGGAUGAAACUAUUCCAGACAUAGUCCCCAGAUGGGAGUUUGGGGAAGCUAUCUUCAUGGGUUGGUUUGGAGCUUUUUUCUUGAUGCUGGGUGGGUCAUUGCUGUUUUGCUCUAUCUGCUCCCCAGCUGGGCAGUCAUCUCAAAGUACAAAUCUACUUAGCAAGACACCUGCUAAGCAUUUAUAUUAUCAAGGACAUGUGGAGACCAGACAUCCAGACCUCAAAAUUUGA